UACCAGUGUUCCACUGUUAGGUUUUCUUCAUGUCGACUGUUUCCAUGGAAACAGCAGCCAAGAUUGUUGGGGUUGCUGUAAUACUCUGUGGGUGACAUUUGCUGCUACCAUUGUUAACCAAGACGCAGAAGUUUAAAUUUUUAGAUACGUCUCUUGACUUUGAGAUCUAAAAUGUAAAAAUUCAAUUUGGGGGAGAGUUGUUACGUACUCACUUUUUCCCAGUAAUCUUUUGAAGGUCUUCCUUUCCAUUAAAAUAGUUUGCUGGAGAGUUCUAGAAGAGCUGUAAAGCAUGAGCGCUGUUCUGUUCCUCCCCGAUAACUUUGUGUAUUUUCAUUCUAUUGUCUAUCACUUAUUUUCUUUUCUAAUGAAUGCGUGGUUAGUAAGUCUUACUAAUACACCUUUACGUCGUUAGAACAUAAUUAUAGUGCCUGUAACGUAAGUGAACCUGUCUUAUCAGGAAUCAGAAGUUCAGAUCGCAUUCAGGAUGCUAGCAGGGGUGAAGGCAUUUAUAUCCAAAAUUACUUCUACAACUCAGAGCCACUGAUAAGCAAGCAGGUGGGUUCCAGAUCUUGAGACAUUUAUUUAUGAGGUAGGAGUGGAUGGCCUUGGAUGACAGCAUCGUUGCAGCGGCGAGAACACGAAGUUUCCUUUUAUACCUUAAAGGCCCAGGAAGAAAGCUGUAAGCAUGGUUAAAACAUUUCUUUAUAUAUCCUUUUAGAUACGAAGGUUACGUUCAGAACUUUGUAAACAUUUUAUGCCCCACGGCAAAUAUAAGUGAAUGUUUUCCAAGAGGCUGUUGGAUAUGGAUGGACAGCUCAAAAAUUGAGAUGCUAAUUGAGUUUUAUGUUCAUUCAAGUUGAUUUUGAUACCGGAAUGCUGAAGCGAAAAGUCACUGGAAUCGUGUGGAUGUCAAAAGGAAUGUUGAUUUUUGAAGACCCCAUCUUAUCACCGUAAAAAUAAAAACGAAUUUUUUUAAAAUUCUGAGACAUUCUUGUGAGAAUAAAAAAUGAGGCCCAUCUAGCAUUUUGGCCCUUAUACAAGUAACAGUAUGUAUUGUCUUCUGGCCAUUAGUCUCCAUAAUGCUAGCUAACAACAAGAUAAAUAAUUUCGCUGUGAGUCUAUCAUCCAUUUAUUUAUAUGCACAUACGUGUGUGUGUGUGUAUAUAUCUGUAUCUAUGUAGAUGAGUAUGUACAUAUUUUGGUUUGUGCAACCUCCACGUAUUUAUUUUAAGUGUCUAUCCUUUAAAAGUUAAAGCUCUGGAACAGACUGCCUGCUUUGAAUCAUAUUCAGUUACUCACUUUGGCAUCUUGGGCAAGUUACUUAAUAUUUCUUAUUUUCAGCUUCUUCAUCUGAAAAAUGAGGUUGCUGCUGCUAAUGAUGAUAUCAAACUCCUGAGGAUUAAAUCCGUUCAUUCCGCAUCUCGGUUAAUACCAUGUCUGACACAAAGUAAACACUUAAUGAAUAUCAGCUAUUACAAUGAUCUCGUCCGUCGUAGCUUUUUUAUGUGUCAAAAUUGCUCUCAUGAGUUAAUCCCUGUUUAAUGUACACUAUGUGUCUCUUCAUGACAUCAGUCCUGUCCUUGUUGUUUAACCAGAAAAAAAUCCUAAUUAUUUUGUCCUCUCCCCGUGUUCUAGUUCUUUUCACUUGUUCUCAUUUUAGUUGACUACCUCUCAAUCUUUUUCUGGCUAAACUGUGCUUUUCUGUAGCAUAUUGGGCCUUGAAUUUCAGGCAGGGUGGGCCCUAGGUGUUUACCAUGGUUGUUUUGUGUUUUAGUUUCCAACAGUGGCGAAAGUUCCUUCUUCCACGCUACCCUGUCCCGCUGCCCCACCCCCCACCCCCCAAUCCCUACCCAGGGCUGUGCUGAAAUGUUUGAGCUGGAACAAGCCUGCUGAUUGUCUAGCCCGGUGCCUUUGCUGUUCCAAGCAGGAGGUGACAGCCUAAGACUCCGCCUCCUCCUGAUGAUGGGCAUUUUUGGUAAAUCUUGAGAGACAUUUUCUUCCUCAACAGAAGAAAAACCCUGGUUUGAGCCAGAUACACCUGACGCGGAAGUCGAACGUAGGAAGAUACAGAGACCGCUUUGGUUGACUCACAAUGGGAACGACAAGUGAGGAGCUGGUGUCCGUGGAGCAGACCUCUUCGUCCUCCUUCAACCCUCUGUGUUUCGAAUGCGGCCAACAGCACUGGACACGAGAGAACCACCUGUACAAUUACCAGAACGAGGUGGACGACGACCUCGUCUGCCAUAUCUGCCUUCAGCCUCUGCUGCAGCCACUGGACACCCCCUGUGGACACACGUUCUGCUGCAAGUGCCUCCGAAACUUCUUACAGGAGAAGGAUUUCUGUCCGCUGGACCGGAAACGGCUGCACUUCAAGUCGUGUAAGAAGUCUAGUAUUCUGGUUCACAAGCUUCUGGACAAGUUGCUAGUGCUGUGUCCGUUUUCUUCAGUGUGCCAAGAUGUGAUGCAGCGCUGUGAUCUGGAGGCACACCUUAAAAACAGAUGUCCUGGAGCUGCUCAUCGGAGACUUGCCCUAGAGACGAGGAAAACUGGUAGAACUCAGACAGAGACUGAGAGUGAGAACGGACCCACUACAAUAGGCCCUCCGGGUACUUUAUCCCCCGAGGCGGACUGCUCAGGGUCGGGCACGGCGCCCACCGAGCGGAACUGGAUGCCACCGUGCCUUCUCUCGUGGACCGAGGAGCCUGGCCUGGACAACCCCGCCUUCGAGGAGACCGCGGCUGCUGACACUUUACAACAACCACUUAGUUUACCGGAAGGCGAAAUUACCACGAUUGAAAUUCACCGAUCUCAUCCUUAUAUUCAGUUAGGAAUGAGCAUUGUGGGUGGCAAUGAAACCCCACUGAUUAACAUUGUCAUCCAGGAAGUCUACCGGGACGGGAUAAUCGCCAGAGACGGGAGACUCCUUGCUGGAGACCAGAUUCUUCAGGUCAACAACUGUAACAUCAGCAAUGUAUCCCACAACUAUGCCAGAGCCGUCCUCUCCCAGCCCUGCAGCACCCUGCAACUCACCGUGCUGCGAGAGAGGCGCUUCGGGAACCGAACACACAGCCACUCUGACGGUAGCUCUCCGCGGGAAGAGGUCUUCCCCGUGGUCCUUCACAAACGGGACUCUGGUGAGCAGCUCGGCAUUAAACUCGUACGAAGGACGGAUGAGCCAGGCGUGUUUAUUCUUGACCUGUUGGAGGGGGGGCUGGCCGCGCAGGACGGAAGGCUGAGCAGCAGCGACCGAGUGCUUGCCAUCAACGGACAUGACCUGAAGCACGGGACCCCCGAGCUUGCCGCCCAGAUCAUUCAGGCUAGUGGAGAGAGGGUGGAUUUAACAAUUGCUAGACCAGGGAAAUCCCAGCCUGGUAAUCCUGUCCGAGACGCAGGAGCUCAGAGUAGCAGCCAGCAUCAUGCACAGCCGCUGUACCACAACAGACCCAGCUCACAUAAGGAUCUUGCCCAGUGUGUUACAUGCCAAGAAAAACACAUCACUGUAAAGAAGGAACCCCACGAGUCCCUUGGGAUGACAGUAGCUGGAGGCAGAGGGAGUAAGAGUGGCGAACUGCCCAUCUUUGUGACCAGUGUGCCACCUCAUGGCUGCCUUGCACGUGAUGGCCGAAUCAAGAGAGGCGAUAUAUUGCUGAAUAUCAAUGGCAUUGAUCUGACCAAUCUAAGUCACAGUGAGGCUGUGGCCAUGCUGAAAGCCAGUGCCACGUCCUCUGCUGUUGUCCUGAAAGCGCUUGAGGUCCAGGUUGUUGAGGAGGCAACCCAGACCACGGAAGAGCAGCUGAGCACCUUCAGCGAGAAUGAGUAUGACGCCAAUUGGUCCCCGUCAUGGGUCAUGUGGCUUGGGCUUCCAAGCGCCCUUCACAGCUGCCAUGACAUAGUUUUACGAAGAAGCUCCUUGGGAAGCUGGGGCUUUAGUAUCGUUGGUGGAUAUGAAGAGAACCACACCAACCAGCCUUUCUUCAUUAAAACCAUUGUCUUGGGAACUCCUGCUUAUUAUGAUGGAAGAUUAAAAUGUGGAGAUAUGAUCGUGGCGGUCAACGGCCUGUCGACUGUGGGCAUGAGCCAUUCUGCGCUAGUUCCCAUGUUGAAGGAACAGAGGAACAAAGUCACUCUGACAGUUAUCUGCUGGCCUGGCAGCCUGGUGUAGGUUCCGAAAUCGGUUUCGAGUCAGGCCCCUUCCUUGUUUGGGCUUUGUUCACUAGCCCUUGUAACAAGUUCCUGUGCUUAGAAUUCAGACCCUCCGUCGUCAGAAUGUGACCUAACAUUACCGAUGAAGUCUUCCCAAACUGUGACCCGGCCAGCUGCAUCGGAGGACUGGUGGUAGUUCCUUGGGUCCACGCGCCCCAAGACUGGGAUCAGGGAAGCCAGUGGCAGUAGCAUUUGCUGCGCUGUAGCCACGGUGCCACCAACGGGUCCCUGGAGAUGGUACCCCUCCCCCAUUUUUUUUCCCUUCGGUGCCAACAUUUCAAAACUUCCUACCGUUUAUAAAGUGAUUUUUCUGACGUAUUUUACUUCUACUUUAAUCUCUUAGUACUCAUAGAUGAUGAAGACAGAAGUCUGACGCUACUGAAGAGCUUUCUACAAAAUAAUGUACCAAUAAUUAGAAUGCUAGGUAAUAAAAGAUCACGUUUUCCAGGGACACAGGAGGUUGGGAGGUUAAUUACAGUUCCGUGCUGGAGACGGUAAAAGCAGCACUUACUUAAAGAAGUCCAAAGGCAUUCAAGAUUCAUCUCCAAAGGAAUGUUUUGUUAUGCAGGAACAUUUUGGAGCGUUUUUUGCUAAAAUUCACUUUCUAGCGUUUGUAUUGUACUUGUCAGCAGUCUUGACUGGACAUGCUUUCUGUGAUUGAUGCAGUUAAAGUAGAUAAAGGUAAAACCGUAUUGCUAUUCAAUACGCAUUCAUAUAUAUCACAACUCAGUGUAGAAGGUACCCUAGCUUUAUUUCAUUCUGAGACGAGCCUUGAGUGUUUUAGAAACCCUUAUUUUUUUCCCCCCAUUAUUUCUCGUGAACUUAACCAUUUCAAGAAAAAGCCUGAAAAGUCCUGGAUUUUUAUCGAAAAUAGUAGGUUUUAGAUGCUUAUUAUCUUUCAGUGAGUCCUUGAUCACUAGGCUAUCUCUUGUUUUUCCUAAAUGUUUCUGAAAACUACGACCAGCCCGUUUUGUUCGUCCUUCACUCCACGUGGUUGUCCUUUGGAAGAACCCAUAAAGAAGCGAGUAAGAGAAGAAAUAUCUUUACCUUGCUAAUAUUAUGCAUACUUGAAAAAAGUUUCACUUAGGAACCUAGUUCAGAAUCUGAGCUCAUUUACAAGUGACCUCUGUAAUAAAUGGUAUUGUUUAUCAGAGAAUGUAUUUCGAAAAUACUACAGUAUAUUAUGAGCAUGACCACUUGAUUUUCAAGCUAGCAGUUGCAUUGCUAGGGCUUUAUUGUGGCUGUAGCAUGUCCCUGGUUAUUCCUGGUAGCUUUUUAGUGAUUUUUUUAAACCGAUCUCUUUUGGAUAAAUAAGAAAUGGCAACAAUAAUUGCUACCGAUUCGUUCAACCCCUUAGCUACACUGUGUAUGGUCAACAUAUAACCAAGAUACAGUGGAACGCUGCAUACAGUAUAUUACUGUUAUGUGAUGAUUGGCUUUUGAAGCAAUUUGGUAUCGACGUGCUUUGAUAUUCUAAUCGACAUGGAACAGGUCUGUUUGUUGGGUUUUUUUUUCCUGCUCCCCAGAUAGAAUUUUAUAUCCUACUUGGCUAUUUUUUUAAACAUUUUGUAAGAAUGCAUCAUUUCUUGGGGAGCGACCAUCCAUCAACAAAUAUCCUAAUGGCUACUUUGUUAUACAUAAAAUACUUACCUUGAACCUGGGGGUAUGAUGAGUAUUUUGGAAGAAGGCACUUUUUUCCAACGUUAUUGUUAUCACGGAAAUCUCGGCCUCGGCUGAAGCCAAUUUGGUUUGAUUACAAAACGCGAUGGCUUUUGGUCAGAAUGAUAUCUGGUGAUGGAAACUUGUUCGUAAUUUAUUGUUACUGUUGAGAUAUUUGGAUUUUCUCAUUUUAAGCGUAAAUAGUUCAAAUAUUUUGAUUUGUUCUGUGCCUUCGGUUUAAAUUAUUUCAGGAUUUCUCAAACGUGUUUAAGUAAUGGUGUGAUAAUCAUCCAGGAUGGAAAUAAAAGUCAUCCUUUCCAUGACA